UUCGAUCAGGCUCCCGACACGGAGCCAUCUUGUCCCCCGGAGCCGCCGCCCGGUCCCGGCUUCCUCCCGGCAGGGGGCUCCCGGCUCCCGCCACUGCCUGCCUGACAAAGUCCGGGGGUGCUGGGGCCGCGGCCGCAAGGGCGCUGCCCUUCCCGGCGGCCGCCCGCCCGCCCAGCCCAGCCCGGCCCAGCCCGGCCAGACAGACACCGGCGGGGGAGAAUGCCAGGCCGGCGGGAGGGGCCGGCAGCAGCCAGGAUCACAAAGCGGCUUUGUGCCCAGGCCGGGCCGCUCGGGAGCUGCGGAGAGGUCGCCCCCUCCUUUUCUCCCGGCAGAUAAGAAACGGGCACCGUCAGGAGAGAGAAGUAGCUAAGGGGCGCCAAAAGGGCUGAGCACCCCCGCACCGGGGCUGGCUUCUUCGGCUCUCCUGCAGCCCGCCCGGGAGAAGCCGCAGCCCGGCCCUGCGAGCAGCAGCCCGGAGCCGGCGUGGCCCGGGCGACAGAACAAAGAAACAUGGAGGAAACGGGGAAGGCAGAGGGAAAGGGGGAUGAGAGGCGCGGUAGCAGGGCACACGCGGGCAGCCUGAGGACCAGACAGCCGGCGGCGCUAGGGGCCGGGGAAGGCGGGCUGAGGGCGCGGACAUGCGGGCGACACUCACAGGAAUAUGGUUACUCAUUGAAGACUGUAGCCUGAUCAUACAGCCGGGGUGCGGGCGCCACCGCCGGGGGCAGGAGGAGCAGAACCAGGAGGACGCGGAGGCACUGGAGGCCGCGGAGCUGCCGGAGGGGGUUCAGCGGCAGAGCGGGGAUGGACCAUACAGCUGCGGCGGCGGGCGGCUGUGCGGGAUGGCGCGGAGCGGACGCGGCUGCACCAGCAGGGACACUCGGCGCCGCCUCCCGCACUGGCGCCCCAGGACCCACCCUCUCUCGUGGACGUCACCGAUGGCCGUUUCUCUCGCCCAAUUAGAGGCGCCGCCAGCGCGCGGGGGGCGGCAGCGAAGGUGCCGGGGGAUGUGGCGCCGGCCGGAGGGGCGGAGAUGGGGGGCAGCCGGGAGGCGGAGGCAGCCGGCGAGAACCGGUGGGAGAUCGGCCCAGUAUGGCAGAAGUGGAGUGGGAAACAAUGUGGACUCUCAGCCUUGCGCUGUCUCUCGCCCUGAAGAAGCCCCUUCUCCUCAGACACAGGGUUUACUGACAGGCGGACGGCUCCAGGGUGAAAUCCGGCAGUGGGAAACACCUGCGGUGUCACCUCCGUGUGUUAACUGGUGGAGGCAUGGGAGUCAGUCCCCAGCCAGAUACGGCUGGCCUGGAAAACACCUCAAUGUGGGUUUUGCUCAACUGUGUAGUCAGGAAGCCUGUUCUAUUUCCAUGGCUUGGACUCGCAUGGUUACAGCAUGCCUCUGAGCCCUCUGCUGCUGGCAUAUAGUACCUAAGGAACGCUUCUAGCAAGAUUGAUGGGACAGACGUGCUCUAUGCUACAAGGGGGAGCUGCCCUGCUAUGGAAAUUUCUGUACAGAUGUGCUGAAGAUAUUUUUGAUGUAUUUGUGGUUCUGAGUGGAAUGAACUGGUUGAAGAGUGGUACACUCUUCAUUAUUGUGGGAAAUCUAUGUGUGUUGCUCCAGCACGUUACCAAAAUGGAAAUAUUUUACAGUGGGCUCUUGUUUGUUUGGUUUCUUUGGCCAUGCAUAUUUAGAAAAAUAAUCAGAAUUCAUUAUGAGGAUUUAGCACAGAUCCUUUCACCUCUUAGUGUAAUAGGGCGCUUUAUAUAGGAGAUGUGGUAUGCUAAACAUUUCUGGUAUAGCAUCAUGAUCUUGGCAUAGAUCAUGUCCAUAUGCUUUAGUGAUGAGUUGUUUUCUAUUUUCAGCUCAUAAAACUGCUGGGUUUGGAAGAGAAGGCCUUUUCCGUUUCUCUCUGGAACUCUGGUCAGGAACUGGUUAGAGGGAACAGAGAACUACUAUCGAUACUUCACAAACACCAUCAAACAUUGUGAAACCCCUUUUCAGUUAUUUAUUGGGAAAAUUCAAUGAAUUACUCAUGUUACUUCUGUCUGUUCAAUGGAAGAAUUGUCUCAGUAAAGGACUUUCUGCCCAGUAUCUGUCAAAACUUUGGAGGUCUCCUAAAGAAGGAUUUUGCAUGACUGAAAAAGUCAUGCUCUUUUUGUUGUAAUUGUCACUCAGCAGGUUUAACAUUCAUGAUUGGCAGUUAGGCACCAUACAAUUCAAAUAGAUGAUAUUUAAGUAAUACAGGAGUAAUCCUAAAGAUUAAUAGUUUAAAAAAAAAUUGCACAGUAUUGCUCACGUGUAAGUUUUCUGUUAUGCACUUUUACAACAUGUCUCCCUAUUUACUACUAUUGAAAUAGAUUAGGUCUGUCAUUAGGAAGGUUGGGCCCUUUGAUUUCAUUUAAGUUAGGUUUUCUACAGUGACUCUUUUUGGAACAGUCCAGUGGUCUGACAUUCUGGAUAUGUCAUGGCAUUUAUCUCGGCAAGCUUUUGUGCUGACAGCCUGGGAAUAUUUUCUCAAGACAGGUUAGGGGAGCAAAUCAGAGCCUAGCCAUAGAGAUGACAGGUAGAGCUUUUGGUGCUUAUAGUUCUUCAUAUUUGAUAUGACCAUGUAUGUAAUAAAUUGUAGCAUAAAGAUCCUAUACAGCUGCUGUUACAAAA